CUUCACUACUCUGGGCCAGUGUUAAAAGGUGUCCUUCCAAGUCAACACUUCCUCCACUACACCAUGUUGGUGACAGCUGAAGCUAUUCUUGUGAGAGACAGGAUCACCAUGGAUCAGCUUAAACUAGCAGAUGAGCUCCUGGACAACUUUUGUAAGUUUAUGCCUGAACUCUGUGGUAAGUCAAUCUGUUAACUUCUUGACCAUUUUGUUACUCAAAGUUGCUCCACUAAAACAAAUGCUAAAAGCAGCCUAGAUUUAACUAGUAUAAAGCCUUGGGCCCCCUUCAGCUUUUCCUAGAGGCCACAGCAUUUAAUGUAGAGAGCCAUGUAUGGAAAAUCCUUUGUUCAUACUACAAGUAUUGGUUUUAUGAAUACACUUGUCUCAAUUAUUUCUAAUCUUUAUGUACAGGAGAAGGGAGUCAGACCCACAAUUUCCAUCUGCUUCGCCACCUCACCUUCUUUGUUCAGUUAUUUGAUCCACUUUGGGUCUACUCAUGCUUUGGAUAUGAAGCUCUUAAUGGCUUUCUGGCGACCAUGAUUUAUGGAAAUCAGCACAUUUCUAGCCAGGUAAUACAAACUUAG